AUGAAGGUAGUCACAGGCGCAGAGCGUCGUACGAGGCCUACUCUCACGCAGCCAGGCAAUCGCGAGUGGGUUACAGUCAUCCAGAGCAUCUGCGCUGCGGGAUACGCUACCCCGCCAUUCAUCAUCUACAAGGGGCGCGAAGAAGCAGGUAUACCGUACGACUGGAAGCUCUCAGUGUCAGAGAACGGCUGGACAAACAAUGAGCUUGGCCUGGCGUGGUUAAAGCACUUUGAUGAGCAUACAAAGACGCGUCAGGUGGGGUCAUACAGGCUGCUCAUCCUUGACGGCCAUGAGAGCCACCUCAACCAAGAAUUCAAGGACUACUGCCUCGUACGAAAGAUCCUUACCCUCUGUAUGCCUGCUCAUUCAUCGCACAUACUUCAGCCACUUGACGUUGUCUGCUUUUCGCCUCUUAAGCAGAAGUACUCUCAACGCGUACGAGACUUGGCACGCCACCAUAUCUGGCAUAUUGAUAAGGAGCGCUUCCUUCCAGCCUUUCAAGACGCCGUUUUUUGA